GUUGGAAAUGUGUCAGACAUAUGUUUGUCGUGGGCGGGAGUAGACAUGUGUUUAUAAAGCUCCGUGGGGCGGCGACAGUGUGUUAAGAAGGAAAAGAGAGCGCGCGACAGAGAAACCCUCAAUUCACCCGAUGUUAGGUAGGGGAGGCGGGUCGCCCUCUGCCGCUCCGUCUCCUCACCUGUAUGGAUGACCACUACAACCUCAUUGACUCACCCUCAGCCAGCCACAGAGGGAACAACGCCGACAACCACGGGUACGCGGAGACGGAGAAGGACAUCAUGACAGUGGUCGCGUGCGAUAACAUGCUGGAGGAGAGCGCGGCGCUGCCCAGUCACCUGUCGCUGGAUCGAUACGAGCCCGACCACGAGUGCUGCGAGCGAGUGGUCAUCAACAUCUCGGGACUGCGCUUCGAGACCCAGCUGAAAACUUUCAAUCAGUUCCCGGACACGUUGCUCGGGGACCCGAAAAAGAGGAUGCGCUACUUUGACCCGCUCAGAAACGAGUAUUUCUUUGACAGGAACCGACCGAGCUUCGAUGCCAUCCUGUACUACUAUCAAUCAGGGGGGCGUAUUCGGAGACCCGUGAAUGUUCCCAUUGACAUCUUCUCGGAGGAAAUUCGCUUUUAUCAACUUGGCGAGGAAGCCAUGGAGAAAUUUCGUGAGGACGAGGGAUUUAUCAAAGAAGAAGAGCGACCUUUGCCAAACCACGAAUUCCAGAGACAGGUUUGGCUUUUGUUUGAGUACCCAGAGAGCUCUGGUCCUGCGAGGGGCAUUGCUAUUGUGUCUGUUUUGGUCAUUUUGAUUUCCAUUGUUAUUUUCUGUUUGGAGACCCUGCCCGAGUUUAGGGAUGACAAGGACCCACCUCCUGUCUCGCCUAUUGUAAAUGGCACUGGUCCUUUCGUGUCCAGCACUUUUACAGACCCUUUCUUUGUGAUCGAGACCCUUUGCAUCAUCUGGUUCUCUUUCGAACUGCUCGUGCGAUUCUUUGCGUGUCCCAGCAAGGCUACUUUUUCCAAAAACAUCAUGAAUAUUAUUGAUAUUGUGGCUAUUAUUCCUUACUUCAUCACUUUGGGGACGGAGUUAGCCGAGAGCCAGGCCAACGGUCAGCAAGCCAUGUCUCUCGCCAUCCUCCGCGUGAUCCGUCUGGUGAGGGUCUUUCGCAUCUUCAAGCUCUCGCGCCACUCCAAAGGCCUCCAAAUUCUCGGCCAGACACUAAAAGCCAGCAUGAGGGAGCUGGGACUCCUCAUCUUCUUUCUCUUCAUCGGGGUCAUCUUGUUUUCCAGCGCCGUCUACUUCGCGGAGGCUGACGACCCUUCCUCGAGUUUCAGCAGCAUCCCAGAUGCUUUUUGGUGGGCUGUGGUUACCAUGACCACUGUCGGCUACGGAGACAUGCAUCCAGUAACCAUAGGAGGCAAAAUUGUGGGUUCUUUGUGCGCCAUCGCUGGCGUAUUGACCAUUGCGCUGCCCGUCCCUGUCAUUGUGUCCAAUUUCAAUUACUUUUAUCACCGGGAAACCGAUGGGGAAGAGCACGCACAAUACCUCCACGUCGGCAGCUGUCAGCAUCUCAACUCCACAGAAGAUCUGAAACAGACACAGAGCACAUCCUCACUCAGUAAAUCGGAAUAUAUGGUCGUAGAGGAAGGAAUAAAUAGUGCUUUCAAACAGACGAACUACUCCAACCAGAACAAUCAAAACUGUGUGAAUAUUAAAAAGAUUUUCACAGACGUGUAAAUCAUGUGCAGUGCCAGACAGUCUUACAACAAUCAUCAUGAGGCACCACUGAAAAUGUCAGGUGCCGCGUUAUUAGGGUACGACGGGGCUAAAAGCCGCCCCUUUUUUUUGGUUUUGGUCCCAAAGUAUAUGACAGGUGAAAAGAUUAUUAUUAUUAUUUACUGAAUAUUGGAGAAACUUAAUUUGUAUAAAGUAAAUGCAACAAGUAGUAUGUUUUGAUUUAAAAGGCAACUAGAGGGAAGAAUUUGUCACCAUAUGCAAAUACUUUUGAUAUAGCAAGAUAUUUUUUUAGAGUAGUGCUGUUAAAUCGAUUAAUCGUGGUUAAUCGU